AUGGAAUUACAAGAGCAAUUGCCAGCAAAGCGUAAAAGAGUGGAAAGUGAAUGUGGAAUCGAUUCAGUGAACAUACAUUGUAUGACGAGCAAUUACGCAUUAAAAGUGGCGGAAAAGCAAUAUUUGGACGAAGCAACGGCCGAUGUGUAUUUUCAAUGCGGACUGGAAUGUGAACGAAUUCCUGCGCAUAAAAGUGUAUUAUCCAGAGCAAAAUUACUUGAUGAGUACCAAAAGGCAAACGAGGAAGAAGCAGAGGUUGAAAAAGGUGAAAAAAACGCCGAAGAGUUCGAAAAAUUCAACGAAACUGACAUAAAAUUACCGUCGACAUCGCCCGAAGCAAUGAAGGACUUUCUGCAAUUCUGUUACAAGGGAAAGGUGAACUUAAAAAUGGAAAACAUCACUGAAGUGAUGGGCCUGUUGGACGUGUAUCAAAUGUUUGAAUGUUUAGAAGUGUGUGGCAAGUACAUGGAGCAACAUUUGACACCUGAAGAUAUCUGUUGGGCAUAUGAUUGGUCAAUUCACUACAGUAUGGACGGGCUGAAACAGUUUUUGUUCAAAACCAAAGGAUUUCUUACGUGCGAGUACAAUAUUUUAGAACGCAUUGUGAAGUUGGAGUCACUUACAUGCUUUGAAACCUCUGUACUGGAGGCUUGCUUAGAUUGGGCCCGAAAUGCUUGUGAACGAAAUGGAUUGGAUUCGCCACGAAUGGAAGACCUACGAAAUCGUUUAAAGGAUUUACUUUAUGAAAUCCGUUAUGGUUCAAUUGAUGUCAUGGACUUUAUUAAAUUCAUUAAUAAGCAUCCCAAACUUUUCACAAAACCAGAAGAUUAUGAAGAAAUCAUUCGCUUGACAAAUGACCAAAAGGACUUAAAAACCGAUCACUUCAAAGCAUACCCAAGAUCAGCAAACAAAUUUGCAUGGAAUGCUGCGCAGGUGCUGAAAUGCAAUUUAAGAGCAAAUGCACGGGAAAUUCGUCAAGCGUAUAUAUCUGCAUCGGGAAGUUCAACUAUGUUUACAUCCAAUCAGGCCAU